AUGGCUCCUCGACGCGGCGGCGGAAGCUCAAGCUCUUACUCGAGCUACGAUGACAGUCCUUGGGGCGAGACGGUCUGGCUGUCACUGGAACACUACCAGAACAAGCCUCUCUUUAUCGUCCAAUUUGUCUUUGAUAUACUCUCUCUUCUCGCCUUGGUCGCCUUUCUCAUCUGGGCAUGCACAAUCAGGAAUCGCAGUCUCCCGCUGAAGGGAGUCAUUUGCGCCCUGACUUCCUUUAUAUUCUCCCAGAUAAACAUGAUCGUCUUGGAAGCCAUGCUUGUCGCCGAGACGAAGGUGACGAUGUACUAUUUGAUCAGCUUCAUGCUCAUUGACUUCUUCAAACUCGUUGCGAUCUGUCUCACCCUCUAUGUCUUCUGGGGCCUCAUCCAUCGGUUCCUGGGCCUUAUUAGAGCCUCCGGCAAGCCACAUGCGGCAGUGACCACCAUCCAUUCUGUCUUCCUUGGCAUCAUCUUCCUGGUUUCUCUAGCCGAAUGGGGCUUGUGUGUCGCUUAUUACGUGCGGAGUGUGACUUCCCAUUCGGUUGGCGAAAUAGCGUGGACUUGGACACAGCUGAAUGGUGCGGCUUAUAUCGUCUAUUGGGUGCUGUCCACGGAGAUCCUCGCUUGGGUGAUCUUCGUGGCCAUUAAGGCUGGUAACUAUGCUUUUGCGUCGAAGUUGCCCGCUAUGGCACUCAUCACCGCCGCCAUCUCCUGGUGCGCAGUGUGUACCACCGUGGCCAUCAUUAACAUUCGCUAUAAUCUGAUGUAUACAUCCUAUGAGUAUGGUCGGCCGACGUACCUGGAAACCGCCAAAACCAUUAUACAGUUCGUCCUCUGGGUCGGCACUUAUGCUGGCGUCCUUCUGUGCUGUGCGAAAUGGCACAGCCUCGGCGAUGGGCGGAACUAUCCCGCGCCUCAGUACCAGCCUCAGUACCCUCCUGAUCAAUUCCCACCCGAUCAGUUCCCCGCAGGACAGUAUCCUCCAAUCCAACAGCAGCCAUAUGGUGUUGCUCCCUACCUGGACCAUUCGGCGCAGCCUCAGGCUCACUCGCACCACGUCUCGCGCCACUAA